CUUGCUUUGCCAACCUCUCUAGCAUCGCCAUUCUCGAUCUUAGUAGCCAUCCCCGGCUAGAACAUCAACAUGCCAGACGUCCGGCCUGGAACUGCUCCAAUCAAAUCCGAAUAUAUUCUUUGCUCAGCCCCAGUGUCCAUCCCAGACGAUGAUGCAGCGGAAGGAUCAACCUCUCACGUUGGACAACACCAUUUUGGGGACGCUGAAGUAGCUCAAGAAGACGGAUCGGGUCCACGAAGGAACAAAAAACAUUCCCGGGACCAGAAGAAGGCACAGCGAGGCGCUAACAAGGGGAGGCGGUUCGGAAAGGUCAGAGAUGACCUAGAGCUCUGCUGGCGUGUGGCGAACGGGACAGUGUGCGAGCUUGGAACGUCAUGUCGAUUCACACACGACGUCUCUGCCUACCUACUUGCUAAACCUCGGGACAUCCGCAUGCCGCCCUUGUCGAACAUCACCGCCUCGCCACCAUUCAUCGACGCCCGCGCAGACGAUAAUACAAUGGACGAAGACACGCCCAACACGUCCGUCGCCGCCUCCCUCGACCCCAAAACGAAAUGCCCGGUCUACGAAGAGGCAGGGUGGUGUCGUCUCGGACUCAAGUGCAGAUUCUUAGGAGACCACGCUGUUAUCACGGGUCCUACAGAGGUGAACGGCGAACCGGCAGUCGUAUGCCCGAUUGCGCUAGUGGAGGACGACGAAAAGAAGGCUCAAGCUGCUGUCGCUACGACUGAGCUCAACUACGUCAAUGCCGAGACGUUGAAGCUGUUACGCUCUCAUAAGUACAAACGCCCCAUAACGGACGCAUAUAUGAAGGAGUUGUCAGAGGCCAAGAAUGAGGACGAAAAAGAGGAGCCGGAGACACCCGUCGAAACAUCGCAAAACGGCGAUGGGCAGGACACCAGCGCUGCUACUGCUACGAACGCCGAACGCAUCAUAGAACAACGAUCGUCGGAUCCUGUCGCCGCUACAAAUCCUGCUUCUCUUGUUGAUUCUCCUGACGCAAGAUGUCGUUUCGCCGAGAAACAGCGCUUACACUGGAAGGGAAAGACAUACCUUGCACCACUAACGACUGUCGGCAAUUUGCCCUUCCGUCGGCUCUGCGUCGAUCUUGGCGCUGACAUCACAUGUGGAGAAAUGGGUCUUGCGACAUCCUUCCUCACAGCUUCUCGUGAAGAGUGGUCACUCGUUCGACGACAUCCCUCAGAAAAGACGUUUGGGGUCCAAGUCGCCGGAAACAAGCCUCAGACCAUGGGUGCUGUUGCUGAGGUCCUCGGAAACGAAUUUUGCUCGGGCGAGGCCGGGUGGGGGCUGGACUUCGUCGAUGUAAACUGCGGCUGUCCGAUCGAUUUGGUGUUCAAGACUGGCAGCGGGUCUGCACUGCUUGAUACACAGGCAAAACUCACCAGAAUCCUGACUGGGAUGUCUCGGGCGCUCGGACCCGUGCCUGUCACGGCUAAGCUGAGGACGGGCGUAAAAGACGGAAAGAAUAACGCGCAUAAGCUGAUGCCGCGGCUCGUGGCCGAGUGUGGAGUCGGAGCCCUCACCCUUCAUGGUCGCACAAGGCAGCAACGUUACACUAAGCUGGCUGACUGGGACUACAUCAAACAAUGCGUCGAGGCCGUGCGGGAGAAGGAAGCAGAGGAAGGCCUCUCACCUAUCCCUAUCUUCGGCGGUGGCGACUGCUUCUCGUCAGAGGACUACUGGACGAAUGUCGAGCACAGUGGUGUAGACGGAAUCAUGGUCGCCCGCGGGGCACUCAUCAAGCCGUGGAUCUUCACCGAGAUCAAAGAGCGGCGAGAGUGGGAUAUUAGCUCGAGGGAGAGAUUGGAGCUUAUUGGCAAGUACGCCGAGUACGGCCUCAGCCACUUCGGCACGGACACCGCAGGGGUUAACACAACUCGGCGUUACCUUUGCGAAGCGCUCUCGUUCCAGCAUCGUUACAUUCCCAUCGGCCUCCUCGAGCGACUGCCAGGCAAAAUCAACGAUCGUCCGCCCGCCUUCAGAGGACGCGAUGAACUAGAGACGCUGCUCGCGAGCACGGACAGCCGAGACUGGGUCAAGAUCUCUGAGAUGUUCCUCGGUCCUCCGCCCGCGUCGUGGUCUUUCACGCCCAAGCACAAGAGCAAUGCAUAUAAUGAGGAAAACCAAGGGUAAUACGAGGCCUGUUGACAGCCCAAAAACGUACAUCGUACAACUGUAAAGACAUCCGACAACCACGAAUGUCAAG